GCCGUUCUCUUCUAAGAGGUGAGGGUUGUCACUGCAGGGGGGCCAGCUCCUUUAAGUGACUAGUGACUGAGAACAGUGAGUGCAGUGCGUUUUUGUUCUUGCUGCUUUUCCUCCUCCGCUCAUGUAAUGCACUCCCUGAACCAAGAAAUCAAAGCAUUCUCCCGGGAUAAUCUCAGGAAGCAGUGCACCAGGGUGACCACGCUAACUGGAAAGAAACUUAUAGAAACCUGGAAAGAUGCCACAAUUCAUGUUGUGGAAACAGAGCCCAGCGGUGGGGGUGGUUGUGGCUAUGUGCAGGACCUUACCUUGGACCUGCAGGUUGGCGUUAUUAAGCCCUGGUUGCUUCUGGGGUCACAGGAUGCUGCUCACGAUCUGGAGCUUCUGAGAAAGCACAAGGUGACUCAUAUUCUCAACGUUGCAUAUGGAGUUGAAAAUGCUUUCCUCACUGAGUUUACAUAUAAGACCAUUUCUAUACUGGAUGUGCCUGAAACCAAUAUCCUGUCUUAUUUUCCAGAAUGUUUUGAGUUUAUUGAGCAAGCAAAACUGAAGGAUGGCGUGGUUCUCGUUCACUGUAAUGCAGGGGUUUCCAGGGCUGCUGCGAUUGUCAUCGGCUUCCUCAUGAGUUCUGAAGAACUCGCUUUCACCAGUGCGUUAUCGUUGGUGAAAGAGGCAAGACCAUCCAUAUGUCCGAAUCCCGGCUUCAUGGAACAACUCCGCACCUACCAAGUGGGCAAAGAGCACAAUGAAGGUAUUUCACCUGCAUGUGUUUCUGUGCACCAUGAGCAUGAGGUGUCCACGGAGGCCAGCAGAGGGCAUUGGAUUCUAUGGGUCUGGAAUUUCAUACAGCCGUGAGCUGCCAUGUGGGUACAGAGAAUUGAGCUGAGGUCCUGGAAGAUCAGCCAGUGCUUUUAACCGCUGAACCAUUUCUCCAGCUUUAAAAAAUGGUAUUUCUCAUUUGAGAUGGGGUCUAAUGUGUAAAAGGUGGGCUCCUACUUGCUGUUGUGACCACUAAGCCCUGGUUACAUGGUUGGUGCUGGGUUUCUUGCACGCUAGGCAGGCACUCUACCAACUGAGCUAUAUCCCUAAUCUUUAGAGUGUUUGUCUAAAGGUUUAAUUUGGUUGUGUUGCCUAGAGUGAAUUAGGAGGAAAAGCAAGACCAGCAAGGAGGUUAGGUCCAGGUUUCUAGUGGCGACGAUAGAUUUAGUUGAUACAGUAAAGAUGGAAGGAAGUGGAAGCUAGAGAGAGGGCUCAGUGGGUAAGAGCACUUACUGCCCUGUCAGAGGACCAGAGUGUGGUUCCCAGCACAAUCAUCGGGUAACUCACAGCAGUGUGUAACUGCAGCUCCGGUUCCAGGUCAUAUGACCAGCCAUUGGCUGGACAGGCACCUGCACACACUUGCAAAUACCCACAUACAAACACACAUGCACACAUACACACACCUACACAUAAUUGAAAUAAUAAAAAUAAAUCUUACAAAAAGGAAAGAAGUGGGUACUCUGAAAAAUAUUUACAGACUAGAACUUACAAGCCUUGGCAUUGAAUUUUAUUGAAAAAAGGCAUUUUCAAAAAUCAUCCCAAGGUUUCUAGCUUUAAUAAUUAGAGAACUGGUGGUACCAUUCUUAGGGAUAAAUAUUCAUUCCUAAGUUGGCCCUUUAUAUUUGAUUUGAGGUAUCUUUGAGAUACCCAGGUCAAGUGAGUAUGUCAAAAGGGUAACUUGGUGGUGGUACAUUUGGGCAUUGGUAUGAAUUGGCAGCAGAAAUGGAUAGCAUCACACAAGAAAAGGUUUACAGUAAAACUGAAGGUAUUAAAACUGGGCCUUGAAGAACAACCACAUUUAAUGGCUAGAUGGAGGGUGGGCCAAGAAAAGAGAUAUGGCCAGAGAGAGAAGAGAGCAAACAAAGCACACUGUCAGAGGAACCAAAGGAGGUCUUCAAACUGCAUACUAAGUAAGAACAGAUGAUCCUGAAACCUUACAUGGGAUAAAUAUUCACGGAAGGUGUCUGGGCUCAGCAUCAUGGAGGUGACUGUUGUCCUUGGAAAGAUCAGUUUGGUAGAGUGAGUGAUGGGAGAAGCCAGACUGGUUGUCUUUGUUGCUAUGUAACUUGCUGAAUUACUGAUAAGGCAAUAACAUCCUUAUUUUGGGGUGAAUAAACCAAUGUAUUACAUAUAAGGUCAACACUAAACUUUCUAUGAUUCAGAUGGAUAAACUAAAUCCUUGACUUACCAGUACCCCUGAUUAUUAACUAUUCAAAGUCCUCCGCAAAAUACCUGUUUGCUAAAUAAAAGUAAUUAUCAGGCAAA